AUGUCUGGUAGGAGCGAAAAUAGAAGCAGACGGCUGGAACCACUCACAAAAUGGUGCACGGUACUCAUCAUUUUGGAGUUUACGAGCGUUGGAAGUGGCCUAAUUACCUCCACCAGCAACAACAUGGCUACGACCACCAGCAGUUGGUCACAGAGCCCUACUCCCCACCCAACAUCCCCUUCGGGAUAUGCUCGUUCCACUCCUCUAUCCACCUCAGUUCCUUCGAGUGAACCGCAGCCACGCUUUGAAGCACUUGUUCAAGAGAACUCACAAGGAGCGGUCGGUUCGAAAGGGAAAACGCCUCCUUUAAGCGGUUUAGAGAGGCUCAGAGAAACGAUUCCGUCAUCCACGCAGUUGACAGAAAACAGUGGUUCACCAAAAGAUGGCCAGAGUGUUAAUAGUAAGGACUCAAAGACGACCCUAAGGUCAGCCGAUACCAACUCCACCACCUCCAGCAACACCUUUUCCGUGGGGUCGGGUGUCGUCGAAGGAAGUAGGUUUAGUAAAAUCACUAGCGCCAAUCUAAUACUUGCCGACGAUGGUAAAGAAGCGUCCGGGUCGAAGAUAGGUCCGGGUCAGAAGGUUCCUGCGGGAUUCACAACAAGCAGCAGUAGCAGCAGUAGUAGUAGUAAAACUAACGUCAAAACCCACCCUCGGGCAAGUGCUCCGUCCGAGGCCGAGCCCAGUGGCAACAUGAACCGCCUCGACACGGGUGACGCCCUGGUUUCCGAGGGCAACGUCAGCAAAAUGUACUUCGAAACCGACAACCACACGAGGAUCGCGUCGCAGGUCGGCUCGAUAGCGGUGCUCCCGUGUGCGGUCCGGAACAUCGGUGAGGGAGUGGUGUCGUGGAUUAGGCGGAAAGAUUAUCACCUACUAACGAUAGGGUACACCACCUACAGCAGUGACGAGCGGUUCAACAUCAUUCACUCGGAUGACACGGAGGAAUGGCCUCUGCAGAUAAAAUACGUUCAACUGCGAGAUGCCGGCCUCUACGAGUGUCAGGUGUCGACGCAUCCACCGACGUCGAUCUUUGUCAAGCUGGACGUCGUGGAAGCGAAAGCGGAAAUUUUCGGUCCCUCGGAAAAGUAUCUGAAGCCGGGAUCGAUGCUGAGACUGACGUGUCGCGUCGUGCAGAGCAAUGAACCACCGUUGUACAUAUUUUGGUACCACAACAGUCGCAUGAUCAACUACGACACGCACCGGGGCGUCAAUGUGUCGACGGAGGCGGAUAAUCGUUACUCGGAGCUCGUCAUAACGCACACCAACACGCUGAACUCCGGAAACUACUCAUGCGUGUCGAACAAUGCCGUCGCUGCAUCGACGCUGGUGCACAUCCUGAAUGGUGAAAACCCUGCGGCGAUGCAACAUGGCGACCACGGCAACGCAGUCCUUUUGGCAUCGCACAUGCAUUUGCCACUUGCCGUCGUGACAUAUCAGGUGAUCCGUUUUGUGUUAAAGAUGUGUUAAUGAACCGACAUAAACCUUAAGAAACAUCAUUGAUUUAAAUCAGAACCAUGUAAAAAGUAAAUAAAUCUGUACGGUGAAAUUAAGUUAGCAAAACUAUCCGACAGCAAAAACUCCCCAAGCACGAGAGAUUCACUUAUCAGGACCUAAUUUAAAAACUUAACAGAGCGAAAGAUAUCACAUUUUUUCAUUCACGUCCACACCAGAGGAUGUUAAUCUUUCGUGCAAUGUUAACGUCCGUUUCAUAGAACAAUAAUUAUAAAUCUGAUGCCACACGAUAGCGCACAGCGACACAAAAACAGAAAAACCAUCACUGAUUAGUAGGUAUUACUCCAGCAUCCCAUGUCUCGAAAUCUUGAAAACCGAAGAAGGUCAAACUGUACAUAUAGUUAUACGGAAUAACAUUAAUCAAAUUGCCCGUUGCGUUUAACGUACUGUGGACGAUACUUUUAUAGUAGAAAACGAACAAAACACUGAAAACCUGAUAGAAUAUUGUGUAUAAUACACUCGAGUUACGGAAUAAGCGAGAAAAUUUGAAAACAAAACGGUCGCUGCUCGGAAACCAUCCAAACACUAACCUAACAUGAACGGAUUGCUAACUCAACGUAACACAAAUUGAAAGGAAAUCAAAACCAAAAACAAAACACAAAACAGUCAGCGGGAAGUAAAAUAAAUUGUGAGUGAUAUUGAUGAGAUUCAUACGAGAAGUGUCCUGUAUAAACUACGAUAAAGAAGAAGUGGUUCAUCCCACGGGAGACACAUUAGAGAACACACUAUUGAAUGUGAUCUACCCUUUGCAAACAUUGUAAAAAAAGUGGCUCCGGAAAACAUCCUACAAGGUGAACAUUUAAUAAAACCUCUUCACCCGUUUUGGCGUGAAUGAUGAGUGUGACUAUGUAAUGAUAAGAAAGGUAGAUAUAAAACAUGGUGCACAAGACAAACGUCGAAUGUACUCCAAAUGAAUUGGGAAUGAUAAACAGAUACCACACCGAAACAAACAACAUAAUAACGACACUCAUUUUCCCUGUGGUAUAUCUACGAAAUGCACUAACCACGUAAAGAACAUGUAAAUAAAAGAGUGAAAUCGAGUGAACGAAAUACAGAACCUACCAUCGCGAUAAGAGAAAACAAUAGCUAAACCCACAGAUUUCACUGCAACUAUGAACAGUGCAGCGAUGCAGAAAGUCGAAAGAAAACCCUCCAAAUCCGACCCAUAGCCAUGUCCAGACCUAAGUAAAUAAACCCGCUGUUAGAGAACCUUGUGAACGAGAACGAAAGCUCAAAUUAUUGUGAGACGAAAAUGGUUUAAUAAAA